AUGACAGCACACCUACGAAGACCGCUGGCACAGCCCAACAAGCCCAUUCAAGGCUCUACGGCAGAGCGCAAGCUAGACAUCGGCUUCGUGAGUGACGCCGAUGCGAAUAAGGACACCCACUGCCAUUGGUCGCAGAUUCUUGUGCCGGGAGAGCUAAAAAGCAACCCAGCAGCCGACACGGCUUCCAAAGCAUGGCUUGACCUGGGUAGAUAUGCCAGGGAAGUCUUUGCGGCCCAGGAUACCCGUCGCUUUGUUCUAGGCUUUACCCUAUGUGGAUCCUUGAUGAGAAUAUGGGCGUUUGACCGUCUUGGAGGAGUUGCAUCCGAACGGUUCGAUAUAAACGAGGAUGGACUUCAGUUUGUGUUCACUAUUCUUGGAUUUAUGUGGAUGAGCGAAGAGCAACUUGGAUUUGACCCUACCAUCACCAAACAGGAUGGCGAGCGUUUCAUCGAGAUCGAGCGGAACGGCCAAACGGAGCGGCUCGUCCUUGAGAGACUCAUGAACCGGGUACCCUGCAUUACAGGUCGAGCAACCACAUGCUGGAAAGCGCACCGUGAGGCGGAACCUGGGAUUCCACUCGUUGUCAAAGACUCAUGGCAAUACAUAGAGCGCGACGAAGAAGGGGAACUUCUUCAAGAAGCCACUGAGCGCGGGGUGGUCAACGUCGCGCGGUAUUAUCACCAUGCGACUGUUCGUAUCCGUGAUCAGGAUGACGAUGUCCAAGGCAACGUUCGAGGGGACUUAGAUAUCAGGGCCGCGAGCAACUAUCGGCCAGAACGAUCGGCGCCUUCGACUGGCACGGGCACAACCGAUGGUCCGCGAAAGAGCCGCAGCAGCGGCCAAUCUAACUUGAAGCGCUUUUCCAGUCAAACUGGUGUUUUUUUGCGACCUAAUAAGCGAUCAUGUUCAGCAUCUCCUACCAAGGCAUCUAUCAAUCCACUGCCAAAUCGAGUUCAUCGGCGUAUCGUCCUACGCGAUUAUGGGAAACCUAUUUACAAGGCAAGCACUCGUACGGCUCUGCUUGCCGCGCUAGAGGGUUGCAUUGUAGGACAUCAGUCUUUACAAAGAGCAGGAAUACUCCAUCGAGAUAUCUCAAUCAAUAAUCUCAUGAUCAAUGAGGACAAAGAGAACCCGUCGUGGCCGUCGUUCCUAAUUGAUCUAGACCUGGCCAUCAAAGAGCGGCGGGUCGGUGUCUCGGGGGCGAAUGGAAAGACCGGCACGAGGGCCUUUAUGGCGAUUGGCUCACUUAUGGGCGAGAAGCAUUCAUUCAUGCAUGAUCUCGAAUCAUUUUUCUGGGUGGUUUUUUGGAUAUGUAUCCACUACAAGGGACCGGGUAAUGGAAGGGUUGUGCCAAGAUUUGACGAUUGGAACUUCGUGGAUACGGAGGUUCUAGCUGAUUUGAAAAAGGGAGCGAUAUCUGACGAAGCCGAUUUUGUGAAAACCGCGAAUGAGCACUUCACAGAGUACUAUAAGCCACUGAUACGAUGCGUCAACAAACUCCGGAACGCAGUGUUCCCUCAUGGAAGGAGGUGGACUAAGGUGGAUGCAGUAUUGUAUGAUCGGAUGAAAGAGAUUCUGAGGGGUGCUCGAGAGGACUAA